AUGACUACAUCACACGACAGUAACAGCUGUGCUGCCUCUGCAGAAGUCCCACCAGCAGCACCCAUCAGGACUUCGACCUCAGCGUCAACCCGAGCAAAGAUUGCAGGUGGACCUACUCCUGAGUCACCUUACCCCAUCAAGAUGAACGGCACCGUCAUCAAGGGCUUUGGACGUGGAAGCAAGGACCUCGGUAUUCCCACUGCUAACUUGCCAGAGGAGGCGAUCGCGGCACAGGAAGACAAGUUGGUCACAGGGAUCUACUACGGCUGGGCACAAGUCGUCGUCCGGACAACACCCGAUUCCCAUACCACCACCACCACCUCCAAUGAUACCCUUUCCUCAACCCCAUCCUCAACCCUCCCCUCAACAACAGGAACCAACGCAGUCGCCCGAUCAGCAUCCUCGUCAAGCUCAUCAUUAGCAACUUCUUGCCCAGCAACCGUCUACCCAAUGGUGAUGUCCCUCGGCUGGAACCCAUUCUACAAGAACGAGAAAAAGUCGGCCGAAGUUCAUAUCAUGCAUAACUUUCACCGGGACUUUUAUGGAGAUGAGUUGAGGGUUGUUGUGUUGGGGUAUAUUCGGCCCGAACUUGACUAUACUACCCUUGAGGCAUUGAUCGAGGAUAUCAACAUCGACAUCGAGGUCGCACACCGGUCCUUGGAGCGUCCUGAAUAUGCUGCCUUCAAGGAGGAUCCCCUCUUCUUGCAGUUGUAA